UCGCCAGGCAGAGAUAGAGGAAGAGUUAAAGAGAAAAGUAGGAGGGGAAAAACUCCAGCUCCGGGUCCAAGUCCACGCGUUUGAUGUGUGACAGCGUCCCUUCUCUGCUGCUGUGGAACUUCGUCCCAGCUUGAAGCCACUUUUUCUGUUGUCUUCUCGUCACUGAAGGCGUCCGGCUGGUGCCGUAGAUCACUGAGUCCCGUGUCCCCGCUGAGCGGCAGCCGGUCCCGGGACAAACGGACAAACGGACGGACGGACGCGCACAUCUGUAAUAACAGCGCGCGUGACGGCGGCGCAGACACGAACCCCGGGGACGAGGACCGCACGCGUCGCCAUGCCCGUGCGCCAGAAAGAUGCUCAGCGAGCUCUGGAGCUGCUCCAGCAGUAUCGCACAAAACUGGACCGAAGGCAGCAGAACCAGGACCGAACCCAACCGGGCCCCGUGGAGGAAGACCAGCAGCUGCAGCAGUCUCUGGACAGAGUCAUCAGCGUCUUCCAAAGUCAGCUUUUCAGUGCCUUGCUCGACAUCCAGGAGUACUAUGAGUUGACCAUCCUUUCAGACAGCAAACGCUGCGUGGACCAGACCCCGGGUCCAGAGACCCCCCCUGCCUCCUGUGAUGUGGCACAGCCACAGUCCUCUUCUCAACCUCUAUGCCCCCAGGCUUCUGAAGGACCAUCUCCGCCCAAACCCCUGACUCCCAAACCAAGAUCCAUCAAGUCUCCUGCCCCUCCGAUUCCACCCGGAAUCCCUGCACGGAGGCCGUCCUCCCCAACACCACAGUCCAGUUCUCCUCAGCCACAGCAGGCCAAGGUCAAGUACCGUGCUCCUCUUCCCCCUCUGCAGCUUGAAGCUUCGAAGACCUUGGUAACAGAGGCUCCAAAGCCCUCUCCCACCUCCCCCCCAGAGAAAGUGAAUGAUGUACAGAGUCCCAGCGGCUCCAUGAAAGCUCCUAUAGGAGUGUCAGUGAAUGGAACGAAGCCACAUCUUACUGCCACCAACUCCACUGUUUCUGAAGAGAGCUCUACUACCUCCACCUGCCCACGAAACCUCCCCUCGUCACCGGACGUCAACCUGGUGACUGUCUCCGCUCUGGUCUCCAGCACCAUCAAGGGCCUCGUGCCGCCGACCACUCCUGACAAACUCAGCCCCAGCGGCACCACUCCUGGAAUGGGCCCAGGGCCCAGCAGAGCCACAGAAUCUCCAAUCAGCUCUACGUCUCCCUCCACCAGCAAGCUCCAAGGAUUGGCCAAAGACACCCCAACUUUGAGUCCAUCCAGUCCCAACCAGGGCACAUUUAGCCUCAGCAGCCAGAGCCCUCCUGGUCCUUUAAAAGGACCUCAUCUCAGCCCAACCAGCCCCGGAGCUGUAAAGGUCACCUCACCUAGUCAUAGCCAGCGCCCCUCCAGCCCUAAACCGGGUACAACCCCACUGACCUCCACAAAGAAGUAUCGGUACCAAGAAGAAGAAGGGGCAUCGCCAGGUGCCCCGAAACUCCACCAACACCUCUGCCAUCAGCACCCAAUGGGAGUCGCCAGAGAGCUGAGAGAUGGAGGAACCCUGGGAAGGGAAGGGGGGACCCUGGGGAGAGAUGCAGGGACUCUGGGGAGGGACGGGGGGAGCCUAGGAAGAGACGGAAGCAGCAUGGGACGAGAUGGGGGCACCCUGGGACGAGAUGGGGGCACCCUGGGAAGAGAUGGGGGCACCCUGGGAAGAGAUGGGGGCACCCUGGGAAGAGAUGGGGGCACCCUGGGAAGGGAGCGAGGCACCUGGAGGCGAGAGGGGCUGGGCUACGGGACUAUGGAGCGAGAAAGGGAGCGGUCUGUGGGGAGGGGCGGCUCUCUCGGCCGCCACUGUGACCUGCGGGGGGCGGAGCUGGUUCAGGUGGCGGAGCGGCAGCUGUCCCAGAUUCAACACGUCCACGGAUACGUCACCCACACACACAUCACACCUGCUCAGGUAGAGUCCCCUGAGGCUCCCUUUGAUGACGAGGCGUGGCCUCACCCCGAGGGAGAGAGGCUCAGCGAGGUUCCCGUCCCGCCUUUCUCCUCGCUCUAUGCACACAGUCAUGCCUACUACCAGGCCAACCCCCCUCCAGUGGUGGUCAACACAGAGAGCGUGGACACCCCCCCAUACGUCAAUGGCACAGAAGCAGACUAUGAGUACGAGGAGAUCGCGCUGGAGCGGGGUAACUCGGGCCUGGGCUUCAGUAUCGCUGGAGGGACCGAUAACCCCCACAUUGGAGAGGAUCCGUCUAUCUUCAUCACCAAAAUUAUACCUGGAGGAGCCGCAGCCCAGAAUGGACGACUCAGGGUGAACGACUGCAUCGUGCGGGUCAAUGAGACGGACGUCCGGGAGGUGACGCACAGCGGCGCCGUGGAGGCGCUGAAGGAGGCUGGAGGCCUCGUCAGGUUGUACAUACGCCGCAGGAGGAGCGUCACCGAGAGGAUCCUGGAAAUCAAGCUGGUCAAAGGGCCCAAAGGGUUGGGGUUCAGUAUCGCAGGCGGAGUUGGAAACCAGCACGUGCCAGGGGACAACGGCAUCUAUGUGACCAAGAUCAUCGAGGGAGGGGCUGCACACAAAGACGGGCGGCUGCAGAUCGGGGACAAACUCGUGACGGUGAACAGCUCCUGCCUGGAGGAGGUGACCCACGAGGAGGCGGUGGCCGCCCUGAAGUCCACCCCCGACGUGGUCUACCUCCGUGUGGCCAAGCACACGUCCCUCUUCAUCAACGACAGCUUCCCUCCUCCGGACGUCACUAACUCAUACUCCCCACAUCAAGACAAUCAUGUGAGUCCCUACAUGAGUGGCAGCCAGUCUGCAAGUCCCGCCCCCCUGACGACGCCCAGGUACUCGCCACUGCCCAGGACCUUGACUGGAGACGAAGACUUCAGCAGAGAACCCAGGCGGGUGGUGCUCCAGCGAGGGUCCACGGGUCUUGGCUUUAACAUUGUCGGUGGGGAGGAUGGAGAAGGAAUCUUCAUCUCCUUUAUUCUUGCUGGAGGUCCAGCCGAUCUGUGUGGGGAGCUACGGAAGGGAGACCGCAUCCUCUCGGUUAAUGGCGUGGACCUGUCUAGUGCAACACACGAACAGGCAGCCGCCGCGCUGAAGAACGCCGGACAGACGGUUACCAUAGUAGCACAAUACAGACCAGAGGAGUACAGCCGUUUCGAGGCAAAGAUCCAUGACCUGAGGGAACAGAUGAUGACCAGCAGUGUCAGCUCCAGCUCCACGUCGCUCCGCUCCACGCAGAAACGCACCCUUUACGUCAGAGCCUUGUUCGACUAUGACGGGAGUGCGUCGGACCUGAGCGCUCCCAACCAGGCCCUGCCGUUCAGCUUUGGGGACAUCCUCCAUGUGAGCAGCACGAGCGAGGAGGAGUGGUGGCCCGCCCGCCACCUCAGCCCCCCGCCCUCCAACUCCCCCGAGGUCGGCGUCAUCCCCAGCCGCAGGAGGGCAGAGAAGAAGGAGCGAUCGAGGUUAAAGACAGUCAGAGUGUUGAGGUCUCAGGAGCGAUCGGAUCAGGAUGAUAAAGAGCUGGUAACCUCUGGCACCAGCGAUAGUGAGAGUAGUUCCUCUGGUCAGGAGGAGACGCUUCUCACCUACCAACCUGUCAUGCAGCAGGAAGUUAAUUACACGCGGCCAGUCAUCAUACUCGGACCAAUGAAAGACCGGCUCAACGAUGACCUCAUCUCUGAGUUCCCCGACAAGUUUGGUUCCUGUGUCCCACAUACGACUCGGCCGCGGCGCGACUACGAGGUCAACGGCAGAGACUACCACUUCAUGUCCUCCCGAGAGCUCAUGGAGCAGGAGAUCCAGGAGCACAAGUUCAUCGAGGCCGGCCAGUACAACAACCACCUGUACGGCACCAGCAUCCAGUCUGUGAGGGAAGUGGCCGACAAGGGUAAACACUGUAUACUGGACGUAUCAGGGAAUGCGAUCAAGCGUCUGCAGCUGGCAGGUCUUCAUCCCAUCGCCAUCUUCAUUCGGCCACGGAACGUCGAAAACGUCCUUGAGAUGAACAAGCGUUGCACGGAGGAGCAGGCUAGAAAGUCCUACGACCGAGCUGUCAAACUGGAGCAGGAGUUCACAGAGUACUUCACGGCCGUCGUCCAGGGCUCCACUCUGGAGGAGGUCUACGCGCAGGUGAAGCAGAUCAUCGAGGAGCAGUCCGGUCCCUACAUCUGGGUUCCCACCAAGGAGCGACUCUGAGCCGGCGCCGCCGCACACGCUCACACAUACAUCACUCUGUCGACACUUUCUACUCCUUUCAGUUUCUAUUAUCAGCUUGUUUCCCCCGCGUCUCUUGACUUGGCCAUCACGACAAACACACUUCCACAGACACGAGGCUGGGACUAUCUGGGGCCGCUGCUCCCGAAGCGGGAGGAGCUCACGUCUGUCCAGCAGCCUGACGGCGGAUCUUCCUACGGCUCAGUUCCUUAAUGUUUAAGGAGGUGGUUCAAAUCGAGGCGACACGUACCAUUAUCUGAUUUGAUUUCAUUAUUGUUCUUCUACUUGUUGUUGUCGUUGUUUUCAUAUUAACGAAGGGUAAUGCAUUCAUGUAUGGGUUUGUAAUGAUAAUAUUGUCACCAAGAGGCAGACUUUUGCACGCUGUAGCUUUAAAAAGCAUGUUUUUGGGACAAAAUCUCGAUCUCUUUCCC